AUGCCCCGUAACAUUGCACAGCUACCUCCCGAUGUAAUUAUUACCAUCUGUGCAUAUCUUGGCCCUCGAGAUUUGCUUUCAUUCAUCCAGACAUGUCGUGGUAUACACGCACUCGGUUCCACGGAUUAUGUCUGGCACCAUAUCAAAUCUGAUCUUCCUCUUGAUAUUGAAGGAAAACUGUUGGACCUGUCCGGCUCCGAAAUAAAAUCCUCUGUGAUUCGUGCUCUGAGGCUCGAUGAGAACUGGAACAGCCGUGUCUCCAAGGUCACUCGAAUCUCCAAAAUUCAUCCACGUACUCCCGUCACAGAAAUGCAGACUCUCGGCAGGAACUGGCUCGUGACUUCCUCCCGUGCUCGGGGCUCCUCUAACACAAUAAAUAUAUCGGUGUGGCGCCUGGAUACUAUUACCCCUAAUGACAAGUUGAUUGGUUCUGCGCCAGCUUGCGUCAUCUCUUUCGAACCGGUGCGCGCCUUUUCGUUUGAGACUGCUCUCUGUAGGGGAAAGCAUAUUGCUUUGAUAUCAGCCUUGGGAUCUUCUGCCACAGUGCCAAAUGGCCUGUGGACUAUAUAUACUUUAAAUUUAAAGGGCAGACGCUCAAUAGACAACAAACCUUAUUUGGAGAAAGAGCUCCUCAUAGAACAUUCUGGUUUGCUUUACUAUUCUCAGAUAUCUGGAUCUAUCGUUGCUGCUGCGGUUGCACAAGUGGGUCUUGCAUCGUGGAAGCACCAAAUUCUUCUCCUGAAUACAGAUACCAAUGUGUACUUGAAAAUAGACUCUCCCGAAAUCAAUAAAUUUGAUUGUGGCCGUAUGCAAUUCAAAAUAUAUCCUCCGUACAUCAUCAUUGUCGGGUCUAUCAAGGACAAAAUCAAACUUCAAGUUCGGAAAUUACCCAUGGCUAUAUUUUCUACGAUACCAAUCCCACCUGAUUUUGACGAGCAUACCAUGCCUCUUGCCAAGUGGGAUUCGUCCAUCGUCGACUAUGAAACCGUCGCAAUCAGAAACCUCGAAAUGUCCAUAUCUUCAGAGCCUUUUUAUACACCAUUUGGCUUGAAGUCUUUUAGAAUAAUGGUCAAUCAUUCCCCUCUGUCUCCAAUGGAAAAUGGAAGAGUAGAUAUUUUCCAGUUUCCUAUCGACACUAGUCAGCAGAAUCUGGAGUUCACCGGUUGGAAACCAUUACAUUCCUUCCCUACGCCACCAAACUCGACACUGGAACCAAUAUGCAUCGGCACUUCUGGUAGCCGCGCAGUAUGGCUUGCACAUCAAUGGAACAACGACGAGUACCACCUUGUGAAGGGGUCAUUUGGAGAAGAUGGCUCGUAUCUUGUUACUGAUUUGCAACCUCCGGAAUUGCCGCUGCCUUUCGAGGCCAGGGACUGCAAGGCAUUAUAUCUGGAAGAAACGAGGGGAAGACUGUUUGUUGGUGUACAUAGCACUGCCGAAGUCUUUAUAUUAGAAUUUAGCUAG